GUGCUCCUCCGGGCAAAUGCGGCGGUGCCGGGCGUAGAGGUGUUUCGGCCUGGGUGCCUGGGCGUUCGGACGUUUGGUGGCCCGCGCCUGAGCGUCCCUGCUUGUCGCAGCGCCAUGGCCGACGAGGGGAAGUCGUACAGCGAGCACGAUGACCGUGUUAGUUUACCUCGAAGAAGGAAAGGCCGGGGUCCUUUCCGGUGGAACUAUGGUGAGGGGAACCGUCGCUCUGGAAGAGGCGGUUCUGGUACUCGGUCUUCUCGCCUUGGGGAAGAUGAUGGCGAUGUGGCGAUGGUUGAUGCCCAGGAUGGUCCCCGAGUACGAUACAACCCUUAUGCUGCCCGACCCAACCGUCGCGGUGAUAAUUGGCACGAUCGAGGCCGUAUCCACGUCACUGUGCGGAGAGACAGAGCUCCUCCAGAAAGGGGGGCGGCUGGCACCAGCCAGGAUGGGACCUCGAAGAACUGGUUCAAGAUUACAAUUCCUUAUGGCAGAAAAUACGACAAGGCCUGGCUGCUGAGCUUGAUUCAGAGCAAGUGCAGUGUUCCCUUCACUCCUGUCGAGUUUCACUAUGAGAACACACGGGCCCAAUUUUUUGUUGAAGAUGCCAGCACCGCCUCUGCACUGAAGGCUGUCAACUAUAAGAUUUUGGAUCGGGAGAACCGAAGGAUAUCAAUCAUCAUCAACCCCUCAGCUCCACCCCAAACGGUGCAGAACGAGCUGAAGCCAGAACAAGUAGAGCAGCUAAAGCUGAUCAUGAGCAAAAGAUAUGAUGGCUCCCAGCAAGCACUGGACCUCAAGGGCCUCCGUACCGACCCAGAUUUGGUCGCCCAGAACAUUGACGUUGUCCUGAAUCGUAGAAGCUGUAUGGCGGCGUCCCUGCGAAUCAUUGAAGAGAACAUCCCUGAGCUAUUGUCUUUGAACUUGAGCAACAACAAGCUAUACCGGCUGGAUGAUCUGUCUAGCAUAGUGCAGAAAGCACCCAACCUAAAGAUCCUAAACCUCUCUGGAAAUGAGUUGAAGUCCGAGCGGGAGUUGGACAAGGUAAAAGCGUUGAAGCUAGAAGAGCUGUGGCUCGAUGGAAACCCCUUGUGCGACACCUUCCGAGACCAGUCCACCUACAUCAGCGCCAUUCGCGAAAGAUUCCCCAAGUUAUUACGCCUGGACGGCCAUGAGUUACCCCCGCCAAUUGCUUUUGAUGUUGAAGCCCCCACGAUGCUACCUCCCUGCAAGGGAAGCUAUUUUGGAACGGAGAAUCUGAAGAGUCUGGUCCUGCAUUUCCUGCAGCAAUACUAUGGAAUUUAUGACUCUGGAGACCGGCAGGGACUCUUAGAUGCCUACCACGAUGGGGCUUGCUGCUCCCUGAGCAUUCCUUUCACCCCCCAGAAUCCUAACCGAAGCAACUUGGCUGAGUACUUCAAGGAUAGCAGGAAUGUGAAGAAACUUAAAGACCCUAGCCUGCGGUUCCGCCUGCUAAAGCACACACGCCUCAACGUUGUUGCCUUCCUCAAUGAGUUGCCCAGAACUCAGCAUGACAUCAAUUCCUUCGUGGUAGACAUAAGCGCCCAGACUAGCACGUUGCUGUGUUUUUCCGUCAGUGGGGUCUUCAAGGAAGUGGAUGGAAAGUCUCGGGAUUCUUUGCGAGCCUUCACCCGGACGUUCAUUGCUGUUCCUGCCAGCAAUUCAGGGCUGUGCAUCGUAAACGACGAGCUGUUUGUGCGGAAUGCCAGCCCGGAAGAGAUCCAGAGAGCUUUCGCCAUGCCUGCCCCCACACCUUCCUCCAGCCCAGUGCCCACCCUUUCCCCGGAGCAACAGGAAAUGUUGCAGGCAUUCUCUACCCAAUCUGGCAUGAACCUCGAGUGGUCCCAGAAGUGCCUUCAGGACAACGACUGGGACUACACCAGAUCUGCACAGGUCUUCACACAACUCAAGGCUGAGGGCAAGAUCCCGGAGGUGGCAUUCAUGAAGUGAUUCCUCCGGUUCCCUAGAAGCCCCCCUGUAAAUAGCCCUCGGAUAUCGUCGCUUCUUCUUCGUUGUCUCCUCCUCCCCGGCCUGAGGCCACCUUGUGACUGUGACCAAGGAGGGAUGGCUGCUGGAUCCCUCCCUUCUCCUGCCUUCCGGAAGACUUCCGGGAGAUUGAGCCUCAGUGGUGCCAGGAAGCCAAAGCUUACUUUGUAGAACUGACACUAAACUACCCGAAGGACCUAGGUGCUUUGUGUACUUAACCCCAGAAUCCUCCGUACUUUUUAAGAUAAAGAGUGACGUUG